AUGACUACCACCCCCAAACAAUACCUCCUCCUCAUCUUCCGCCAAUGGGGCGAAACAUACUGGCUCAUCAACAGACCAGGCCUCCCCAUCUCACCCGACUCCCCACUCAUCCACAAUACCCCCAGCGACCCGAUCCUCAUCCCCGAUCUCCUCGCAUCGCUCACCGAGUCCCUGACGAGCGAUAGGACUGUUUACACCGGAUAUCAAUUCGUAAACACCUGGACCACCGACGAAUCGACCACAGAUCACUUCAUCCUCCUCGAACGCUCCCACCCCACAAACAAGGCCCAGCAUCAGCAUCAGCAUCAGCAUCAGACUCAGACUCAGAAUCAGGACCAAGGAGAAGCAGAAGCAGAAGCAGAAAACAACGCGUCAAAGGACAUCCCGCUCAACCACAACCACCGCACCAUGCCCGGCUCCAUCAGCUGGGUCUCGAGGGACAUGUCGCGCAUCAACGAGCAUCUCUCGCAGGCGCUGGAGAUCUGUGGGUCUGACCUGUGUGCCUUGCUCGCGCAGGAAUGA